AUAUAAUUUUUCUUCUUCUUUAUUAAAGAUAUUCGGGACACAGUGAAAUACAAAGAAGUGAUGAAGCAAUAUGGGCUGGGUCCAAAUGGUGGAAUUGUGACUUCACUCAAUCUUUUUGCUACAAGAUUUGAUCAGGUGAUGAAAUUUAUUGAAAAACGGCAGGCUGCAUCCCAAUAUGUCCUGAUUGACACUCCAGGGCAGAUCGAGGUGUUCACCUGGUCAGCCUCAGGCACUAUUAUUACUGAAGCUCUGGCUUCCUCUUUCCCUUCUGUGGUGGUUUACGUGAUGGACACCUCUCGCAGCACCAACCCUGUCACCUUCAUGUCUAAUAUGCUCUAUGCCUGCAGUAUCCUGUACAAAACCAAGCUCCCGUUUAUUGUGGCUAUGAACAAAACAGAUAUCAUUGACCACAGCUUUGCAGUGGAGUGGAUGCAGGACUUUGAAGCCUUCCAAGAUGCCCUCAACCAGGAAGCCACCUAUGUCAGCAACUUGACUCGCUCCAUGAGCCUAGUCCUGGAUGAGUUCUACAACUCACUCAAGGUGGUGGGGGUUUCUGCUGUGCAGGGAACAGGGCUGGAUGAGUUUUUUGAACAUGUGUCCAAAGCUGUUGAUGAAUAUGAAAGGGAGUACCGCCCAGAGUAUGAACGCCUCAGGAAGAAGCUGGGAAGAGUGCGGAGCCAGCAGCAGCAGGAGCAGCUGGAGCGCCUACAGCACGAUAUGAGCCCAGCUGCUGGGGAGAGCCACCCUCCUAGAUCUGGCUCAUCAGUGGAGUCUCUGCUUGGCCCCUCUGCCCUCAUCCUGACACGAGGAGCUUUAGGAGAAGAAGAGCAGGAGGGGGACCAAGACAGUGACACCGAUGACAUCAACCACCAAGUGACAGAGGAAAGCCAUGAAGGGCCGGCCUUCCAGAACUUCCUCCAGGAGGCCAGGCGGCGCUAUCCGGCUCGAAGCAGCCAGUAGUGGGGAAAGAAGAUGGCAGCAGCAGCUGUGAGGUGCAGUCCGUGCAUCCCGGGCUGCAGCUUUGGCCUUCUGAGCCUGUUGGACUGUUGCUUCGUGCUUCCCUUUGCAACAAGAGGGAGGCCAGUUUCAGGUCUCCAGAAGCUUUUCUGCCCAGCCAGGGCUGCAGCUGAGAAAAGUAUUCAGGGCAGAGUGAACUGUGGUACACCUGGGAAUCCCAUCUAUAAUGUUAUGCUUAUCAAGAAACCUCUAUUUUGCUAUCA